AUGGAUGGUUUUGGUAUGGGGAGCAGUAUCAAUCAAGCUCCUGGAGGAACCGGUGAUCCAAAGAAUGCUGUAGACAAUCCAACAGGCAAUCUUGAGAAUGUAGAUGGAUCCUUUUAUGGAAGUUCGGAUGAAGAACCAAGUGAAGCUUACUCGAGGAACAAAGAUGCUGAGAACCGACGUGAAAAAUUCCACACGAUGGGAUACCGUGAUGGGAUUUCUGCUGGACAAGAAGCUGCUGCGCAACAAGGUUAUAACGUUGGCUAUAAGGAAUCAGUUCUUGCUGGCUACACAUUCGGUAUUGUUAGAGGUGUUUCCAGUGCGCUGGUUUUUCUCCCAGCUGAGCUAAGAGAAACGCUGAUCGAUGAACAAGAAACUAGAGACAAGUUUCAGAAAUUACACGGUUGUGUGCAUGAUCUCUCAACUGAAACCGCAAUGAAACGGUUUUAUGGAGCUUUGACUAAAAAGCAAAGGGAUGAAAAGAGUGGAGAAGAAGGGCCUGACUCUACUAGUCUUGGUUCUGGUUCCGGCUCUGGCUGUGUUUCAGGUUCUGACGUUACUGCCCCAAAUGAUGACUUGGGAAGCUAUGUUACUGAGCUAAGCUCUCUUCUAGACAAAUCUCCGAAGAUUAAAGUUCGAUUGGACACAUAG